AUGCGCUUCUCCACCGCGCUCACAUCGGCGCUGGUCUCCUCGGCUACCCUCAUGGGCUAUGCCUGUGCCGAAGAGGAGGCUGCCCCAGAUGCUACCAAUGAUAUUAUUGACAAGCCCACCUUCACCCCGACUACCCUCAAGGCCCCCUUCCUCGAGCAGUUCACCGAGGGCUGGGAGUCCCGGUGGAAGGCCUCCAACGCCAAGAAGGAUGACCCCAAGUCGGAUGAGGACUGGGCCUACGUCGGCGAGUGGGCCGUCGAGGAGCCGACCGUCCUGAAGGGAAUGGAGGGUGACAAGGGCCUGGUCGUCAAGAACGCCGCUGCCCAUCACGCCAUCUCCGCCAAGUUCCCCAAGAAGAUUGACAACAAGGGAAAGACCCUCGUGGUCCAGUACGAGGUCAAGCCGCAGAACUCCCUGGUCUGCGGUGGCGCCUACCUGAAGCUCCUCCAGGAGAACAAGAAGCUCCACCAGGAGGAGUUCUCCAACGCUACUCCCUACGUGAUCAUGUUCGGUCCCGACAAGUGCGGUGCCACCAACAAGGUCCACUUCAUCUUCCGUCACAAGAACCCCAAGACCGGCGAGUACGAGGAGAAGCACCUGAAGACCCCUCCCGUCGCCCGCACCUCCAAGGUCACCUCCCUGUACACCCUGAUCGUCAGGCCCGACCAGACCUUUGAGAUCCUGGUCAACGGGGAGUCCGUCUCCGAGGUCAACCCGGAGAAGGAGAUUGAUGACCCUAAGGACAAGAAGCCCGCCGACUGGGUUGAUGAGGCCCAGAUCCCUGACCCAGAGGCGACCAAGCCCGAGGACUGGGACGAGGAGGCUCCCUUCGAGAUUGUCGAUGAGGAGGCCACCAUGCCCGAGGACUGGCUGGUGGACGAGCCCACCAGCAUCCCCGACCCCGAGGCCGAGAAGCCCGAGGACUGGGAUGAGGAGGAGGAUGGCGACUGGAUCCCGCCCACCGUCCCCAACCCCAAGUGCAGCGAGGUCUCUGGCUGCGGCAAGUGGACUCCCCCCAUGAUCAAGAACCCCGAGUACAAGGGCAAGUGGUCCGCGCCUCUGAUCGAGAACCCGGCCUACAAGGGUGUCUGGGCGCCGCGCAAGAUCCCCAACCCCGCCUACUUUGAGGACAAGACCCCGGCCAACUUCGAGCCCAUGGGCGCCAUUGGCUUUGAGAUCUGGACCAUGCAGAACGACAUCCUGUUCGACAACAUCUACGUGGGCCACUCCGUCGAGGACGCCGAGAAGCUCCGCAAGGAGACCUUCGACGUCAAGUUCCCCAUCGAGGAGGCUGAGGAGGAGGCCACUCGGCCCAAGCCCGAGACCCCCGAGGCGCAGGGCCCCAGCGUCAGCUUCAAGGAGGACCCCGUCAACUUCGUUCUCCAGAAGGUCGACCAGUUCGUGAUCCUGGCUAAGGAGAACCCCGUCGAGGCCGUCAAGGCCGUGCCCGAGGUGGCCGGCGGCCUGAUUGCCAUCCUGGCGACCAUGGUCUUCAUCAUCGUGAGCGCCAUCGGCGCCAGCAGCCCGGCUCCGGCCCCGGCCAAGAAGGACAAGCAGGCCGGCGGCAAGGAGAAGGCUGAGGCCACCAGCUCCUCUGCCGACACUGGCAAGGGCGGUGCGACCAAGCGCUCCACGCGGUCGUCUGCCGAGUAA